GACGAGAACGGUAGAACACAACUUCACCACGCUGCAUUGAAGGGUCAAGUGGAGCAAAUACGGUCUCUCCUUUUUGCCGGGGCUCCUGUUGACGUUAAAGACCAUUCCGAAAACGAGCCACUGCACUAUGCUGUCAUAACAGCCAACCUGGAAGCCACAAAACUCCUCGUGCAGUUCGGUGCCGACGUCAACGCCAAGGGCCACCUGGGACGUACACCGUUGCACUGGGGGGUC